AUGCAAGAUGGGCCCAGAAGGAUUGCAAUCACUGGUUUAGGAGGGGUCGGAAAGACACAAGUGGCCCUAGAGAUAGCACACCGCAUACGUGACCAAGAUAAGGAGUGCUUAAUUUUCUGGAUUCCAUGUACAAGCCAUGCAAUUAUUGAGCAGACAUUCUUAAACAUUGCACAGACACUCGAACUUGGUGACGUGAAGGCAUCAGAGGUUAAAGAACAGAUCAAGAUAUACCUCACCUCCAAGCGUGCAGGAAAGUGGCUUUUAAUUUUUGAUAAUGCGGAUGAUACCGAGAUGUGGUUAACAGCUAGUGACACAGCUCUGGCCCUUGAGGAUCUUCUACCUGAGGGUGGACAAGGCCGUAUUCUAUUCACUACCCGAAACCGAAAACUCGCCAUGAAGCUGGCACCUUUCAACACUGUUCCAAUUCCAGACGUGGAUAGAGAAACCGCACUAAAAAUUCUAGAAAGAACAUUGGAAAAUAAAGACUUGCUUAAAGAUAGUACGAUAUCAGCUACUCUUUUAGAGCAACUAGCCUUUCUACCUUUGGCAAUUACACAGGCAGCAGCAUAUAUUAUCGAAAACGGUAUAAAUUUGUCUACCUACCUUGCACUUCUCCAAGAGCAGGAACAAGAUACUGUGGAACUCCUUAGUGAAGACUUUAGGGAUCCAGGACGCUAUAAGGAUAUCCAGAACCCUGUGAUCAGUACCUGGUUAGUAUCAUUUAGACAGAUUCAGCAUCAAGAUCAAUUAGCAGCAGACUAUCUAUCUUUUAUGGCCUGUAUUGAUCAAAAAAUAUUCCCCAGUCCCUUCUUCCUCUCCAAGCAUCCAGGAAACAAAGACUUGACGCUUUGGGGCUUCUGA